UUAAAAACCAUGACUUCAAAGAAUGGCGGAUAAUACGAUUUCAUUUUAAAUAGUUCAUUAGAUUUUAAGAAAAAAUGUUUCCUGUGGUCAAAAAGAAAGAUUGUCAUCUGGUCAAUGGAGUACAGGGGAAGCGUCGUCUUGGGCGAUUUCCAGUUUCAUCGUCUUCAGUCAUUGUUAAAACAACAAACAAUGCUUCAACUGUGGAUAAAGACUGUGUGAAAAUAAAUGAUCAGAUCAAAGACAACCUAGAUAUGCCAGACAUUUCUUUUUCUCCCCUUUCAGGUUCCAUUGAUUCAUCUCUGUUGUGUGAGAUUGAAAAAGUAGAAUCUGUUAUUAAUAAUAAACGUACAAAAUCACAUUUAACCAAAAAUGCUUGUACAGAAAUUUCAAGUCGUUCGGAUCAUGUUAAUGAAAAAAAACAUCAACUAGCCAGCUCAAAAGAAGCUGUUGAGAAAGAAAAUUCUAAGGUUUUGGAUGCCAAACGGAAGCACAGCAAAAUGUCUUACCAGUGUCCUUCUUCGUCAUCUAACUUUGAUUCAUGUGAUAGCCCAACAAACAGCCCAAGGGACAAGAAACCAAAGCAAAAUCUAUCUAGAGUUGUAACACCUAAAACUAAUAUACUGUCCGUGGGCCAGACACAAAAAAUAAAUAUUGAUAGCUGUUUCCAAACUUCUCCCAACUCCAGUGUUGACCAAGUGUCAGAAGACAUGCUUGAAUCUAGGCUAAGACCUGGAAAGCUAAGUACCUCAACCACACUGGAGUCCACAAACGGUUUUCAUCAAAGUAUAGAGUGCUUGAAUUUAACAGAAGACAAAAGACUGUUAAGCUCCUGGGGUUUACCCGAACCAGUCCUGGAUGUGUACAAGAAGCAAGGAAUCAGCACCAUGUUUGAAUGGCAGGCUGAGUGUUUGCUGACUGGAAAUGCUCUAGGGGGAGAUAAUCUUGUCUAUUCAGCUCCAACUAGUGCUGGUAAAACUUUGGUGGCAGAGUUGCUGGUCUUGAAGAAAGUUCUAGAAACAAAGAAGAAGGCUGUUGUCAUCCUGCCGUUUGUGGCUGUAGCCAGAGAGAAGAUGUACCAGCUCCAAAGCCUGUACCAAGACAUUGGAGUAAGAGUUGGAGGAUUCAUGGGCAGUAAUUCUCCCAGCGGAGGUCUCUCUCAUGUUGACAUUGCUGUGUGCACCAUUGAGAAAGCUAAUGGUCUACUUAAUAGACUAAUGGAAGAAGGGAGAAUUAAUGAGAUAGGUAUUGUGGUGGUUGAUGAACUUCACAUGGUUGGAGACUCUCACCGGGGUUACCUACUGGAGCUGAUGCUGACCAAAUUAAUGUAUCUAACUCGCAAGACCACCAAUGAAGACAGAGUUCAGAUUGUGGGCAUGAGUGCCACACUACCCAAUCUCCGAUUGCUUGCUGAUUGGCUGAAGGCUUCUCUCUACUGCACUGCUUUCCGCCCCGUACCCUUGACAGAGUAUGUCAAGGUGGAUAACAAAAUACUUGACAGUGACUUGAUAGUCCAGCGAGAGAUUCCAGCUUCCUUGACCUUUCCAAAUGAUCAAGAUCAUGUUGUUGCCCUAUGUUUAGAGACAGUCACAGCUGGCCACGCUGUCCUUAUAUUUUGCCCAACAAAAGCCUGGUGUGAAAAUUUGUGUGAAGCAAUUGCAAGACAUUUUUUCCAAAUACUUCAGAUUCAAAAUAAACAAGAGCUUGAAGGCAUGCCUAAGAAUUCAAAUGGUGUGCUAUCACUGUGUCUGGACAAAAGCAAACUUGAAGAUACCAUAGAGCAGUUGAAGCGAAGUCCAGCAGGAGUUGAUCCUAUGCUGGGCAAGUGUAUCAUGAAUGGGGUUGCCUACCACCAUGCAGGCUUGACAUUUGAUGAAAGAGAAAUCAUUGAAGGUGCCUUCAAGGAAACAUUCUUAAAAGUUUUGGUAGCAACAUCAACUUUGUCAUCUGGUGUCAACCUACCAGCCCAGCGGGUGCUGAUCAGGACGCCAAUGUUUCAUGGCCAGGUGAUUGAUUCUCUCACCUACAAGCAGAUGUCUGGCAGAGCAGGGAGGAGGGGAGUGGACAAAUUUGGGGAGAGUAUCCUGAUGUGUAAGCCUCAAGAGAAAACCAAAGGUCAAAACCUAAUCAAAUCAGCCUUGCCAAAUGUAGAAAGUUGUCUGCGAUUGACUGCAGACCAAGGUCUGAACAACUGCCUGAAACGUGCCAUUCUAGAGGUAGUUGUCAGUGGAGCAGCUUGUAGUUAUGAAGAUGUUCUGUCCUACAUAGACUGUUCCCUGCUCUCUGUCUCACUGCGAGAUGAAGACCUAGACAAAAUGGCAGUAGUAGAGAGCUGUAUCCAGUAUCUGCAUGAAAAUGAGUUCAUCUCAGUUCACAUACCUCCUAGUGAUGGAGCCACUGGAGAUGGUGCUUCAAAGACCAAGAAGUUUUUCUCCACCCAACUUGGCGUAGCCAUAUUUGCUUCCUCUCUCUCCCCUGAGGAAGGCCUGCAGGUGUUUGCUGAGCUUCAGAAGGCCAGAAAAUCUUUUGUUUUAGACACAGAUCUACAUCUUAUUUAUCUGGUGACUCCAGUCUACGCUGCAGACAUGUCCAACACUAUAGACUGGUACAAAUAUCAUGCUUUUUGGGAGGCUCUGUCCCCAGCAGACAAACGAGUAGCCCAGCUGGUGGGUGUAUCUGAAGCUUUCAUCGGAAGGGCCAUCAAAGGAAGCAUUCCUACCAAGACAGUGGCUCAGAAAAAGUCUUUAGCUGUGCAUUUGAGGUUUUAUACAGCUUUGAUUCUGAACAGUCUUAUUCAGGAGACUCCUCUGUAUGAGGUAUCUGCUAAGUUUAACUGCAACAAGGGCCAGCUUCAAAGUCUGCAACAGUCUGUUUCUACCUAUGCUGGUAUGAUGACUGUUCUGUGUGGGAAGCUUGGCUGGUACAAUUUGGAGCUGUUGCUGUCUCACUUCCAGACCAGGCUGUCCUCUGGAGUGCAACAGGAGCUGGUGGACUUGGUGCGCAUCCAGUCCUUGAAUGCAUGCAGUGCCAGGAUGUUGUUUAAUGCAGGUUACCAGACUGUGGCUGAUGUGGCCAAGGCUGAAGUCAUUGAUGUGGCCAAUCUGUUUAAGAAAGCAGUGCCCUUUCAGAGUGAGAAAAAAGAAGAUGGUGAAACAGACUGGGAACAGCGUGAGCGCACUAGAGCUAAAUGUAUUUGGCUGACAGGCAGGAAAGGUGUGACAGAGAUGGAGGCUGCCACUGCCAUCAUCCAGGAAGCCAAGAUUAUAAUACAGGAUCAUCUUGGAGUCCCUGACAUUCACUGGAGCACAAAAGAGGAUGACAGCUCAGACAGCCUAGAUGUCACUGAUGUUGUGUCAGAGAACGAAAAUGUUCAUGAAGCUAUCGGUAAUGAGCUGGAAUGUGAAGUCAUUGUAGACAGUGGAAGCAGCAAUGGAAUGGAUUAUAGAGAAAAAAAUGAUCAAAGCGGAGUAAACAAAAAUGAUUCUUUAAGAAAAUCUAGAAGUUAUGUCUCUUUAUCUGGAUCCAGAAAAAUGACAGGAAAUAUUUCCAUGAUUAGAUCCAGGAGAAUUUCAAAUAAUGUAUCUAUUUAUGUAGCUAGGAGCCAGAAGAAAGGGAACAGACAAAAGUCAUUCUAUGGACAUGUUGUGAUCAGUCCACCUGUGGGUGUGAGGAUGGACAGAACUUUACAAGACACUUCUGUUAUUGACCAGAACUCUAUCUGUCAGACCUCUGGUCAUAGAGUAAAGGACCUUAUUCAUGUAAACAUUUCCCAACAUUCUUCAAAUGCUGUAAACAAUAUCUUGCAUUUAACUUUAUGUGGUGGGGAAAGCAGUAAGGAAUCCUUACCAACUGGCUACAAGCUUCCGCAGACGGAAACCAACUCACCCAAGAACCAUACGUUUGAUGAGGACAACUUUGAGGAAAGCAUAAUCCUUGAUACGCAGACAGAGAACUUGAUACAUCUUCACUGCCCUGCAACUGGCACCAUCCAGCCUUCACUCACCUCCAAACCUGGUCUGAGGGACCAUUCUAAAAGCUCAAAUAGUCAGGAGCAUCUUGUCUCAGGAGGAGAGAACUCUGCUGUUGUUGAUGGCAUCAGUUUGUUCAGUGAAAGCUUCAGCUUUUCAAGGAACAAACAAACAGAAGAUGCACAUGCAACGUCUGUUUAUGGGGCUCAGUUGAUCCAAGCAGAACCAACACACCACAUAGAAGCACACAGUAGUUGCUAUUCUUCUGAUGCUGUGGACAAAAAUGAGCAUUUCAGUCGAAUAACUUCUAAUGCAACACCUACCCACAGCUCAAAUACCUCCACUAAAGUCAGUCCAGACUCAUCAAUUUGUUUAAUAUCUUCAGCCUGCGAGGCUGCCAAUGAAGCCUCUGAGGAGUCGCUGAUAGCAGCCAGCAAUUUUGAUAAGUACGGAGACAUAGAGAAUGAAGCCAGUGACUGCAGCCAUGUUGAUAACAGUGACACUUCAGAACUGAGGGAAAGUCAUUUAAACCCAAGACAAAUGAUAUCAUCUGCUAGUAAAUCAUUGAACAGUGUAUUUGACUCUCCUCUGGAUGAAAACAUAUUUCUGGCCAGUUUCACUCAAGAUGAGAAGAGCUCUCCGGCAUGCAGAGUUCAGAAAAGAUCUCAGUUAAUGGACUCAUCCAAUUCAUCUCUGCUCUACUCUACACCUAAAAUUUUGGAGAAUAGCAGACGUCUGCACAAAGUGGGACUGGCUGGUAAGGAAAAUCUGAAUCUUGAAGCUAAGAACUCUCUGAAACAGAAAUUCAAAGCUUUAGAAUCUUUUGAUAAUGUACAGCUUAGUGAUGAUAUGUUCACUGACUCCCUAACUUCAUCUGUUUUAAAUAAAUUAAAAACUUUGGAACAAGCUCCACCAGCCAACUGUGGGGAUGACAUUUUUACUGAUUCCCUCUCCUCUUCUGUGCUGGACAAAGUUCAAGCCGAAUGUGAUCAUCUGAUGGAAGAGGCUAACAACUCUGUUGAGAGCUCCCUCUCGGCAUCAUUGAAUGAACAUCAAAGUGAACACAGCCUUUGCUUAGAAUCAAACCAUCCCUCAGCUCUAGACAUGAACGUAACAGGCUCAGACAACAGCGACUGUAUUCCCCCUACACCUCCAAACGUGGAGGCUCCUUCCCCAUUCAAAGUUUGCUUCCAGUCUCCACCCAGACUUCAAAUUUCUCACUCCUCAGCCCAUUUCUCUAAGCUCGUCUCUUCUCCCAGAGUCAGUUCUCAAAAUGAAUCUGGGCAGUGUUUCACGAAGCUGAGGUCAAAAUCAAAAGUCGAGAACUUAAAGUUAAAUACCACUGCUGUUGAUGCAAAGAAAGCAGUGAAUUUGUUAACACAGUCUGGCACAGUGUCUCAGAGCCUAACUCAACAGUCUUUCACCAUCAUAGAUGUGUGUGCAAACCAAGGUUUGUUUGAAACAUUUCUUAAUGAAUGGGCAGGUCAGAGCAGUUAUGCAUUAGCAAUAGCCUGUGACAGAAGACCUCCAGAGUUAAAAUCUGUUUCUGGACCAACCAUUGGUGGAAAGUUUGCAAAAAAAUCUAAGAAAGUGAGUGAAAUCCAGUCAGAGAGUGUCCAUGGUCUACCUGUACCAGAGAGUGAUUGUCUUCUUGUUGGUGUGGCAAUCUCCUGGGAGAACAGAGAUUCCUAUUUUAUUUCUCUAAUGCCAGAUGGUUACAAGGGUGAUUCAGAUGCUAAUGACACAUUGAAAGAACCUGAACUGGACAGCCAUCUGACACAGAAGUUUCGAAUUGAUUCCAUUUGUAAAGUUUUGGAUACUUUAAAUGGUACCAAGAGGCAGAAAGUUGCAAUCUACGAUGCCAAGACAGUGUACAAGUAUUUAGCUACUACACUUGGCGUCUCUCUACUACACUGUGAAGAUCCACGCAUAGCAGACUGGUUGAGAGAACCCACGUCAAGACUAAAGAACCUUCAUAGAAUGACAGCUAGUCAUUGUCCAGAAGAACUGGCUCUGUUAGACUGUAUUGGUGGCAUGCAGGGCUAUCAAAGUCUGGGUGUGGACAUCAAGAGUUCUGUGUCCCCCCGUAUCAGGGCUUGCACUGAAUGUGUCCUCACCAUGAAACUCAUGACCAAGUACCGCAGCUUGCUGGCUGAGGAUCACCUCCUAUCUGCAUUUACUGACAUUGAGAUGCCAUCUUUGAUUACCCUAACCAGGAUGGAGCUGAAUGGGUUUGGCAUUAGCUCUGAUGAGAUUGAGAGGCAGAAGACUUUGAUGCUGGCCAAGCUGACCGCUCUUGAAGAAAAAGCUUACAGCCUUGCCGGCCAUGUGUUUUCUCUUACAUCAACAGAGGAUGUUGCCAAGGUUUUGUAUAUUGAAUUGCGACUUCCUGUCAAUGGGGAGCCAGUCAAGGCAAAUUCUCGUCUUGCAUCUGCCAGAGGCAGAUCUCCAGUUAGAAGCACGAGUAAAGAGACACUUGAAAAACUUGAACACCUUCACCCCUUGCCAUCAAUUGUUCUGGAAUGGAGAAGACUUAGCUCUGCACUCUCAAAAUCACUUUUUGCAUUGCAGAAAUCUGUUAGACCUUGUGUGAAACUCCACAUGGGUCGUGUCUUUGGAGACUGCCAGCUGUUUACAGCUACUGGUCGUGUCAGUAUGGCUGAGCCUAACCUGCAGAACAUACCCAAGGAUUUCUCUUGUAAACUUUCAGAUUUGUUGACAAGAAGCUCAAGUAACAACGUAUGUACAACAAGAGAGAAAACCAGUAAGCAGGCCAGUAAGAUGUUAUCAGCCAGCAGCACCAAUGAAAGUGUCAUAGCUGCUCCAAUUAGUAUGAGAUCAAUGUUCAUACCUUUUGCAGGUGGACUGCUGCUAGCAGCGGAUUACUGCCAAUUGGAGCUUAGAAUUUUCGCCCACCUUUGUGCCGACCCCAAGUUGUCCUCUGUACUUAAUACCACUGGUGUUGAUGUGUUCAACAUGAUAGCUGCUGAAAUGAAAUCUGUGGAUGUUGAUCAUGUGACCACUGAGUUCCGGCAGCAAGCAAAGCAGGUUUGCUAUGGCAUGCUGUACGGCAUUGGAGCUAAAGCUCUUGGCCAAAAGCUAGAAGUGGAUGAAAAUGAUGCUCAUAUGUUUAUGGAGACUUUUAAAAAUAAAUAUCUGGGUAUUAAAAAGUAUCUGAAGGAGACAAUAGAGUUUUGUCAAAAGAAUGGCUUUGUUAAAACUAUCUUUAACAGGAGACGUUAUUUACCUUCAAUCAAAAGUCAAAAUAUUCACAUAAGAGCUCAGGCAGAGAGACAGGCUGUGAAUACAACCAUCCAAGGCUCUGCUGCAGACUUGGUGAAGAUUGCCAUGGUAAACAUUGACAAGACUCUGUCUCAGUUGUUUCCCUCCACACAGUGGAGUCAUACACAAGUGCAGUCACAAGUGCAUUCACACCAAAGUAGCAGAAGUAAAGACCAGAGUCUUGCUGAAGGAGGUUAUCUGGUCCUACAGCUUCAUGAUGAACUGAUUUAUGAAGUCUCUUCACAUUUAGUUCCAGAGGUGGCCAGGAUCAUCAAAAAAGAGAUGGAAACAGCCAUCAGGCUAAAUGUUUGUUUGCCAGUCAAGAUCAAGGUAGGGCCAAGCUGGGGUCAGCUUAAGGAUUAUCAAAUGGAUUAAUAGUUUUGGCUAUUUAUUGGCUGUGAUAUUCAAAUUAUUAUAUAUUAAUGAAAUGAAAUUGACAAUUGUAAUACCAAUAGAAUGAUCAGCUAUUUAAAAGAAAAUGAUAUUAUCUGUAUUUAAAUAUUGAACAUUUUGUAAAAGACUGAUAGAUGUUUUUAUGCUACAGAAUAUUUUAUUUGUAGCCAUUUUGAUCUUUACUUAUUGUUAUAUAUAAAUUAUAACACUUUUCACAUACCAUUUACCAUCUUACAAAUUGAAUUGUAUUAUAUCAUGUCAACUCUAUUGUCUUUCCAUGUAUAUUAGGAAAGAAAGAAAGUAAUAUUUAUUGAAUGAAUGUUUGGGCAGAACAAAAGUUUAUUGGUGUUUUUUAAAUUAAAACUAAUUGUAAAUCUGUAUUUAAAUUAGAGCUCACUUAUUGAUCAUAAUUUUCAUUUUUUAAUGAAUUAAAUGACACAUGUGAGUAGAGUCUUUCUAUCAUUCCUGGACUAUUUUUUUUUUACAUCUAUUCAACUCAUAUCUUCAUGGAACAGGUAAAAAAUGUUCCAUUUUAUUUAAACCAACAUUCAUUAGUUAUUAAGAGAAUAAUUUCUCUAUAAGUUGUAUAAAGAAAGUAUCUUAUUAUUUUUUUUAAAGUAUUUUUUAAAAUGUUUUUCUUGUUUCAAAUUUUGGGAAAUUUGUCUUUAAAAUGAAUUUGACAAUGUAGUUUUAAUCUUUUAUUUUAUUUUUAAUUCUUAACAUGUCAUUAUAGUAAGAAUUUCAGCAACUGAAUUCCUUUCAAUUGUUUUUACUCAUAUUUAUUAUUGUACAAAGUAAUAUACACAGUUUCUAUUCAGUAUUUGUAUACAUCCAGAUCAUUAUAAUAAUGUUAUGUUCAAU